UUCGUUUUCACUCCAUUUCUUGACCUACCUGUCUCUCUCUCUCUCUCUCUCUUCCUAUCUCGCUCGCUCCCUUCAAACCCAGAUCGAGAUCCCCUUCGUUUUCCCGAUUCUUGAAAAAAAUUCCUGCAAUUCUUGGACCCGAUUCUUGAAAAUUUCCUGCGAUUCUUGGACCCGAUUCUUGAAAGUUUCUGCAAAUUCUUGGACGAGUCGGAGGCUCUGAAGCUUCCUCCGCGGGAAAAAAGCUUCGAUUUUGCGACAUGGGUUCCGACAAGCAACCCCCGAGUCCCACCCAGGAAGAAGACCCUCCGAACCCCUCCACCGCUCUCCUCUCCUUCGACACUGACUCGGUCGACGAGUCCGAGUCGGCGAAAGCCAAGCUGUUGUCUGCUCAAAGACCCAUGGCCACCGUCGUGUUCAUCUCCCUCCUCCUCAUCACUGGCAUCGCUCUCGCCGCCGCCGCGGCCUUCGCCUUCCUCUUCUUCUCUAAACCACCUCUUCCGCCGCCUCCUUCCGCUCCCGCGACGUCGGCGGCGUCGGCGGCUGCUUUGGCGUCGAACGCGUCUGGUUCCGAUUCCAAUUCAGUUGAAACCGCGGCUCGCCCUCUCAAGAAGCUCCAGAAGCCGGUGGUUCUUCUGAUCUCGUCCGACGGGUUCCGGUUCGGGUACCAAUUCAAGACCUCGACCCCGAACAUCGGCAGGCUGAUCGCGAACGGGACCGAGGCCGAGGCGGGCCUGAUUCCGGUAUUCCCUACUCUCACUUUCCCUAAUCAUUACUCAAUUGUCACUGGCCUGUACCCUGCUUAUCAUGGCAUCAUCAGUAACCACUUUGUGGAUCCUCAUACUGGAGACUCCUUCAAUAUGGGUAGUCAUGAUCCCAAGUGGUGGCUCGGCGAGCCCUUGUGGGAAACCGUGGCGAAUCAUGGGUUGAAGGCCGCCACUUACUUCUGGCCAGGGUCUGAGGUUAAUAAGGGAUCGUGGGCUUGCCCUGAGGGUUACUGCCGGUUUUACAAUGGCUCAGUGCCGUUUGAGGAGCGGGUCGAUACGGUUUUGAAGUACUUUGACAUGCCCAGUAGCGAGAUGCCUGUGUUCAUGACUCUGUAUUUCGAGGAUCCUGAUCAUCAGGGUCAUCAGGUCGGGCCUGAUGAUCCUCAGAUCACCGAGGCAGUUGCUAGGAUUGAUAGGAUGAUUGGGAGAUUGAUCGAGGGUCUAGAGAACAGAGGGGUUUUCGAGGAUGUUAAUAUAAUCAUGGUCGGUGAUCAUGGGAUGGUUGGGACUUGCGAUAAAAAGCUGAUCUUCUUGGAUGAUUUGGCAUCUUGGAUUGAAAUCCCAGCAAAUUGGGUGCAAUCUUACACUCCAUUGCUGGCGAUCCGUCCGCCCGCAGGUGUGUCACAGGCUGAUGUCGUUGAGAAGAUGAAUGAGGGAUUGAGAUCGGGCAAAGUUGGGAAUGGACAGUAUUUGAAGGUGUAUCUCAAGGAAGACUUGCCGAGUAGGCUUCACUAUGUGGCGAGUGAUCGGAUUUCGCCCAUAAUAGGGUUGAUUGCAGAGGGAUUUAAGGUGGAACUGAAGAAAACAAAGCGCCAGGAAUGUGGAGGAGCGCACGGCUAUGACAACGAUAUCUUCUCCAUGAGAUCGAUCUUUAUUGGUCAUGGUCCUGAGUUCGCUAGGGGGCGAAAAGUCCCUUCUUUUGAAAACGUUCAGAUAUACAACUUGGUCACUUCGAUUUUGAAGAUACAGGGUGCUCCAAAUAAUGGAUCUGCUUCCUUUUCAGAAUCUGUUCUUUUGUCUAGCCCAUGAUGUUUAUCUCUACAGCAGCUUCAGAUCAGCUUCGCCUCACCGGUUCUAGGACGUCACCGAAGCAAAGCGAGCAUUGUAAUAUAAUCCAAAGGACAUGUAUCUAGGAGUUCGCCUAGGUAAUGGGCACGGAUCUAGAAAGCAGGCGGUUCAUUAGGAAGGUAAGGUUCUAGAAUGCUUUGGAUCCUUCAUUGGUCAGUAAUGUGGGAUAUAUGUUUAGUAGUGGAAUGCUUUUAAUUUGCCUAAGUCAUUUCCAUUCAUCAUGAGCUCAAUUUGUAAGAAAAUAAAUGAUUUAUGUGAGACCGAUGAAUAUAUGUCGCCAACGCAUCAUUCAGUGGCAGCGAUUUCUUUGUCA